CGGUCCUCUCUCUCUCUCUCUCUCUCUCUCUCUACACGAGCUUUGAAUGGUUUGAUUCUUCUUGCUCAUUCUAUACUCUCUAGGGUUUCAAAUCUCUGCUACGAACACUCAACGACCAAUCUACUCCUUGGGAGAGAGUAAGUCUCUUCAACAAUCUCGACUAUAUUUAUUUAAUGAACCCAUUUUUUCUAUGCACUUUUCUCUUUUUCUUUUUGGCUGUUUGUGUUGAAUCUAUACCCCACGAUAGCUCUGUUUAUAGUUUUUACUCGGUCGUAUUUGUGUUUGAUUUCUUCUCCUCUUCUUUCCAUCUUUAAACAUAUAGUCAUAUACAUAUACAGAGAGAGAUUGAGAUACAUAUGGAGUUUUAGAAUUUAUAGAGAGAAAGAGUCAAGUUCUUAGGUUAGAAAAAGGCACAAAUAGAACAGAAAUUUCAAUGUCACCUAUUUAUCUCAAGACCCAAAGUUGAUUCUUUCUAUGGCCUUUACUAGAAGAAAAAUCCUCACACGAGUUUCAUUAUACUCGUAGAAUUUUAGUUAAGGUCUGUGAGAUGUUGGGCGAAGAUGAUAAAAACCGGCCACCGGGCGGUUAUCGGAAAACGUAUCUACGGUCGGCUUCGUGGACCGAACGUUCACCAACAAACCCCAAUCGUAGUAGACCACAGACAAACACUAAAGCUCGGCCAUGCUUGCCACCACUCCAGCCCCUCUCAAUCUCUCGCCGGAAUGCGGAGGAGUGGCCGAAAGCUGGGUCCGAUGAUCUUGGUGUGUGGCCUCAUCCCCCAACUCCUGGGGCAAGAAUUGGGUCACUUAUUCCCCUUGGGAAUUCGGAUUCAGAAAAACCUCCUAGAGAAUUUGAAUUCAAGAAAGACAAGCUUGCUUUCUUUGAUAAGGAGUGUUCAAGAAUUGCUGAUCAUAUAUAUCUAGGGAGUGAUGCAGUAGCGAAGAAUCGUGAAGUCCUCCGCCAGAAUGGUAUCACCCAUGUGCUGAAUUGCGUUGGGUUUAUAUGUCCUGAGUAUUUCAAGAGUGAUCUUGUGUACAAAACACUUUGGCUGCAGGACACUCCGACGGAGGAUAUUACAAGCAUUCUCUAUGAUGUGUUUGAUUACUUUGAAGAUGUUCGAGAACAAGGUGGGCGAGUUCUUGUCCAUUGUUGCCAGGGAGUUUCUCGGUCAACCUCUUUGGUCAUUGCAUAUCUCAUGUGGAGGGAGGGGCAGAGCUUUGAAGAUGCAUUCCAAAAGGUUAAGGCGGCAAGAGGAGUGACUAACCCAAAUAUGGGUUUUGCUUGCCAACUUUUGCAGUGCCAGAAGCGGGUACAUGCCGUGCCUGUGAGCCCAAAUUCUAUGCUAAGGAUGUACCGGAUGGCACCUCACUCCCCAUAUGAUCCCCUUCAUCUUGUACCAAAAAUGUUAAACCACCCUGGUGCACAAAGCCUCGACUCUCGCGGAGCAUUCAUUGUUCACGUUCCUUCAGCCAUAUAUGUCUGGAUUGGGAAGAAUUGUAUUCCAGUGAUGUCAGAUACUGCAAAGGCAGCAGCGUCUCAGUUUAUCCGAUAUGAAGGAGCUCAAGGUUCUAUCCUGCCCAUCAAAGAAGGUGAAGAGCCUCAUGAAUUUCGAAACGCUCUUACAAAUUUACAACUUGUAGCUGAUAGUUGCAACAAAGCAGACUUUAAAGAGGCAGAAAUUUUGUCCGGCAGAAAUGGUAAGGCUGCAGUAACUUCUCUAGGUCUUAAUCUACGCAAGGUUGAUGAAUAUGAUAUGGACUUUGAAAUUUUUCAUAAGGCACUUGCUGGUGGGGUUGUUCCACCUUUUCCAUUAUCAGGAAGUGAAUCAGAGACUUGUCUUCCUGUUAGAGAAAAUAGAUGGGGCAGAUUAAGAAGGAUGCUUGCUAGUGGUAUUAUGAAGGAAUUUAUCACAGCGUCUAAGUUGAGCUGUGACAAUACUCAAUCAAGUCACGGGCCAAAUAUAAAUGUAGAUGCUGGGAGAGAUGUUGAUUUCCCUACUUCUCCUACUGUUCCUUUAUUGUCUUCAAGCCCCCAGUGUGGCUCACCAGAUUCCUUCUCUUGUUUUCCAGUCAGCAGCCCAGAUCGGACAAGGGAAACAUGUAAAGAAAUGGAUUGUUCAGUUCCUCUUACUCAUCCUUUAUUGCCAUUAACACCUCCUUGUGGGUCACCAGAUUCUCUUCCUUGUUGUGUCUGCAGCCCAAAGUUCAGUUCCUCACCAUCUGCCUCAGAUUACUCCAGUUCAUUCACCUUCUCACCUUCAUCUUCUAACUGGUCUGACAUAUCAUAUAUAUCUUAUCAGACUUCACCUUCUGGAUUGGAAUCUUCAGAUAUGCAUCCGGUUAAAAAUACUUCCUUGGCAGAAAAGGUUUGUGUACAUUGUAAAGGGACUUCCCCUUUACAUUCACCGACAGGGGCAUUUUCUGCUGAACAUGCUUUGAGAGUGGCAAAUACUUGUUUUCCGUGUAAAGGAACUUCCCUCUCUAUUGCAGAACGCAGAGGGAGUAAUCCUCCCCCUCGUAUGAUGUUACCUUCAGUUGACGAGGCAUCUCAAGUUCCACGGACCUUGGAAAGAUCGUGUUCAUUUUCUCUACCCGACCUGGAGGAUGAAAUGAUGACAGAUGGCAAGUGCAACCAGUUUGAGCAAGAAGGCUUUUAUGAAUUAAAUAGAGAAGAGCAAAUGCUAGAUGCUGACAUCUUCAGUGCUGGCAAUGGGUUCCAAAGUGGGAUUGAGGAUACAAAAGUACUAAAUUCAGUUGGAGAAGCAACUAACCUGGUUCUUUAUCAAUGGCCUACUAUGGAUAAAGUGGAGAUGAAUUGCUUUGGCAUCCUUGAUUCUAGAUCCGUUUAUGUUAUAUUGAUGCCAGAUCUGAGUCUGGACACAAACAAUUCUAAUGUUCUAUACAUCUGGUUAGGUCGUGAUAUUUCAUCUGACGUAGUGCAGUCUCAAUUGAUCAGCAGUGAUGAUAGUCAUGUUCAUUGGGAGGCAGUUGGCCGUAACCUCCUCAAUCAAAUUGGUUUACCAUCGAAUUCCCCUGUACAGAUAGUCAGAGAAGGUGAGGAGCCAGAGCUGCUCCUCGAGCAGCUCAACUAUUUCUCAUUUCAGAAGGCAUAAAACAUUAGUCACAAAUGAGGGAAAGAUGUGGCAAAACCCUCUUAACAACUUGGGCCUGUGAUCUCUCCGUCCUUGAGGGUUAUCGAAGAGGAUAUGUUGCAGUUUUUUCUAAGGUAAGUUAUAGCAUCCCAGGCAGUGUGAAGUGCCUCUUUUCUGCUUGUGUGAUGUAUGGACAGGAUUUGAGUCAUCGUUGUGGCAAAGCAUGUAUAGUAAACCAGCCUGGUGUAUACGCGUAGGAUCAGAAAGUAAAUAAUUCUGUUCGUAAUAAGUGAUCUGCAAUUAAUUUUAUUCUAGCAUUGUUGUUUAUCUAGCCUCUGGCUACACCCAACACCAAAGGUGUUGCUGUUUGAGACAAAUCAUAAUUUUACAAAUCCUUUUAGGUGGUGGACUAGCACCGGCAUCUCCGACUGAAUAUUUUUGAUAGGAUGGUAUCAGGUAUACAUGAAAACUCAGCAUGAUGUUAAAUUGAUUACAAUAAUAGUAAGAGAGGUUUCUUCUUUUA